AUGGGGAGAUAUCAAAAUAAGGUCUGUGUGAUUACCGCUUCUGCUACUGGCAUCGGUUUUGCCAUCGCCAAAAGAAUGGGACAAGAAGGUGGAAAAAUUGUGAUAAGCUCAAGAAACGAAAAACACGUCCAAGCUGCUGUUGAAGAAUUAAGGAAAGAAGGAAUUGUUGCUGAAGGUGUGGUUUGCCAUGUAGGAAAAGACAGACAAAAAUUAGUGGAUUUUGCUGUAGAUAAGUUCGGAGGAAUUGAUGUCCUUGUCAAUAAUGCUGCGGUCUCUACUGCAUUUGGACCUACAAUGGAUAUCACAGAGUUAGCUUAUGAUAGAAUGUUUGAUAUCAACAUAAAGGCUGGAUUUUUCUUAUUGAAGACCGCGCUGCCUUGGCUUAAAAAAAGCAAAAGCCCUUCAGUUUUAUUUGUGUCUAGCUAUGGAGGAUAUGCCCCUUCGCCAGCAAUUGGGAUUUAUGGAGUGACUAAAACAGCUUUGAUUGGGAUGACAAAAAUGCUGGGAAUUGAACUGGCUGGGGCUGGAAUCAGAGUUAAUGGGAUUGCGCCAGGGAUAAUCAAGACGAGAUUCUCUGAAGCGAUUUGGGAGAGUGAAGAAGUGAAAAGAAAUCCGAUGGGGAGGAUGGGAAAUCCUGGAGAAUGUGCAAGUGUUGCUGCGUUUUUGGUGCAGUGAUGAGGUAAAGUUUUAUAAAGCCAUAAGCAGGACCACCACUAGCAGGACUAUCUUGACUCAAAGAAAGAAGCCUUCGCUGGGUGAAUAUACGCCUGAGUGCAAAUGGUGCCAAAGCCCAACCAAAAUUCUACCCUCUUGAGUUUUUCUGGAGAAAACUUGCCUAACUUAAGGAUCAGCUCCUCCCUAGGUUAGAGCCACCCUCUAUCAGGUGCCCCAAUAGUCCCGGUAGAUGAAGACUAUAUGAGAGGCAAAACAUGUCUAGCCUUCUAAGAAGAAGCAAAACUUUCCUCUUCGGCGAGGCUUCCCCAAACCUGAAAGCCUACUUCAAAAGAGGCAGAGUCUCUAUUUUCAGCUUCAUCAGAUGAGUCUGACGUGCUCCAUAGGGAGUGCGCCUCGGAGACCAAUUUCCAUCAGCAUUACCAUUUUAUUUCUGUUGCAGUGAUGAAGCAUCUUAUGUUAAUGGGGAAACUGUGGUUAUUGCUGGAGGAUAUCAUGCGAGACUAUAA